GAAAAAAAGAAAAAGUCACCUGGUGCAGCGUCAGACUCUCACACCAGAGAUCCACAGUCUGGAGGAGCUGCUGCUUUGUAACGGGAAUAAAGGCUGAAGACGGAAUCAGGACUGGGGGGACACCUUUGGACUUUUUCUGUCUUGUCCAUUUGGAUUUCCUCUGUUAUUUUGGUGUGAAGUGAACUUUUGAUGGGGGAAAGUCUCCCCAGGGUGCCAGGAGGAGCCCAGUGCUGCAGGGAGACUCUGAGUAGACCCGUGCAGGCUCUCAGGGUUAAGAUGGUGCUUCUGGGAAGCUCUGGCGUGGGGAAGUCCAGCCUGGCACUGCGAUUUGGCAAAGACGAGUUCAGGAUUACAUCACCUACUGUAGGCUGUGCCUACCUGACCCGAGUGGUGCACCUGAGGGACGUCACUCUUCGCUUUGAGAUAUGGGACACGGCCGGGCAGGAGAAAUACCACAGUGUCACCCCCCUUUACUACAGAGGGGCCCACGCUGCACUCCUGGUCUACGACAUCAGCAAAAGGGAAACCUUCAUCAGAGUCCUAGUGUGGCUCAAAGAGCUCGAGAAACAGUACAUCCCAGGAUCCACGGUCAUAUGGCUGGUGGGCAACAAGGGAGAUCUGGAACAGGACCGACAAGUCUCAGUGCAGGAAGGACAGAGUCUAGCCAAUGACAGGGGCUUAUUUUUUAUGGAGACAUCAGCCCUGUCGGGGGAUCAAGUCUGCCAGCUGCUGCUUUCUGUAGCCCACAGAGUGUACGAGUGUGUUGGAGCGCAGCAGGGGGGGCUGUCCGAGUGGAGGGAGACGGCUCAUGUGGAUCUGCGUCGUGGAGACACGCUCAAUCCUUUUGGAUCCUGCUGCAAAGUUGGACCCUAACCUCUGUCCCUGUCAAAUGGAUUUACUGCUUGUCUUUGUGUCUGUCUUCAUCAUUUCAAAGCUGCACCGGGUAACACAGCCAAUACACACAAAAACAUGCUGUUACAUUCUGAAUCUGGGGUUCUCUGCCUGUUUGAUUCUACUAACCAAUGCAACCCUGAAUAUAUCCUGUAAUUUGGCAUUGUGGUGAAAUAUAAACAAGGAAUGCAUUUUCAGGAUGUUUUACUUCAGACAUAAAGCUUCUCAGUGUUUGUAAUGCAGUAUGAGUCCUUAGGUUUUGUGUUACAGUCGUACUAGUGAUCUGUCCACAAGAGUUUCAUUUGUCGUACUGAUUUUCCUCGGUGGCUUUAGGACCAGGAUCAACGCCCUCCUCCGUGUCUGUCCAUGUGCCAGAUGUGGAACUCAUACCACUUCCUUUCAUUCAGUGUCUCCUGCCUGUGAUCUGGUUGAGCGGAGAUCCCAUAAGCACAGCUCCGUUGAGUGUGGUUCUUGGGGUAAUCUCAUAAUAAAAAACUGUAUUUGAACAGUCCAAACUUUGAAAGUAUUUCCACAAUUUGCUGGUCUGGAGAUGGAAACGAUGACGAACGACAACAACUGGCCUUUAACACCAUUUGGAGACAUUUUUAAAACAACAUACAGUAUCUUGAUUGCUUUAUGUACCCAUGAGUCUGCAGUGGUGUCAACCUACAAUGUGGUCUUUAAAUUGUACCCUGGUGGGGGGGGGACACAGAUGUACUGCAAGUGAUAGAUACAUUGGCCUAAUUUGUACAACUUUAAUGGUAAAUAAAGAACUCCAAAAUGUCA